UGUACAUGACUUGCGUGUCGCGGCUGCUGGUCCUUCUAUCAACACUGCAAGUAAACUCUAUUGUUAACACAAACGGACAAUUUAAUGGCAACCUCCCCUCAUUAGACUUAAAGUAUGCUACAGAGGUCUUGCUUCAAAAACAAAAGUACCAUUGUUACUACUCGUGGAUUGCGACUGGGAAGGACCAAAGGCUUAAGGCACUUCAAAAUAGCACAAACGAACUGAAAUCCUUAUUAUUCUCAACUCCUUUGUUCUACAGAAACAAGACAUAUGUUAUAUCCAAGUUUUCUCACAAAGAUUCCGAUGAGGCCAUGGCAUACUGUCAAGCUUUUGGCGGCUACCUGGCGGAAGUUGAUGACUACAGAGAGUUCAAGGAGCUUCAACAAUUUUUCAUGAGUUCAUCUGUCGAAGAAAUGGCGCUGAUCGCUGGAUCGAACGCAGCGAAUGGUGAAACCUGGAGAUUUCAGCGCACAGGUGUCGCCUUGCCAUUUGAAAGUUGGGGCAGAGGGGAGCCUAAUAAUGAAUAUGGAAUUGAAAAAUGUUUGUGCUUAUGGAGAAUUAAAGAUGGCAAUAUGAAUGAUAUAACAUGUGAUUUUAGAGAUGAUAAGGCAAGGUUUAUGUGUGAACUACCUGAUUCUAACUAAGCGACUGACCAAACUACUUGGUUCUAACUAAGCUACUGACCAAACUACUUGGUUCUAACUAAGCGACUGACCAAACUACUUGGUUCUAACUAAGCUACUGACCAAACUACAUGGUUCUAACUAAGCGACUGACCAAACUACCUGGUUCUAACUAAGCGACUGACCAAACUACUUGGUUCUAACUAAGCGACUGACCAAACUACUUGGUUCUAACUAAGCGACUGACCAAACU